UAUGAUCACAAGCUUUUUGCAGGCACUCACUCAUUCUCACUCAUAAACUCAUUAAUGACUGUUAGCUCUCAGCAAAGAGAGAGAAACAGCGAAAAGCGGAGGAGGCGAUCAGAGCCGCGCAGCGCGCACGUGACCGAUCUCUGCUGAAAUCGCAGCUCGCCGAUCCACGGAAGCGCCGCUCGCCGCUGCUGAUUUCGACCUGCCGCCGCGCGCAUGCCGUCGGAGACGGAAGAAACGCGAGGAUCUCUGUUUCUGUGAGUCGGAGAAGUUGGCGGCGAAGCUGCGGAGUCUGAUCCUCGACGGCAGCGAGUUGAGCUUUGAGAGCAUGAGCUGGACUUGGAGAUGGACCGAAAAGUUUGUGCUCAAAUCUCUUCUAGUGCUUGUGACGAAUCGGAGAUGAGUUCUAAUGCUACUGGAUCUGUUCAAGUUGACAUAGAUGAUGAAGGAAAUAUUCUUAUCAAAGAAGAAAAGGCUCCUGCCGCUUCUGCCUCGGCAUCAGCCUCAAAUCAUGGUUCGGGGUCAAGCAUAAUUCAGGAAGAGGAAACUGUGAGUGUAAAGGAGAAAUUGGUGGCUAAUCUGUAUCCCAGAAAAGUUGAUAAAGGAAGAAAGUCAUCAGCUCAUACAAACAGUUCUUCAGGGAAGAGGAAAGUGAAGGUGGAUUGGACACCUGAGCUGCACAAACAGUUUGUUCAAGCAGUUGAACAGCUUGGCGUGGACAAGGCCGUGCCUUCAAAGAUUCUUGAGCUUAUGGGAACUGAUUGUCUUACUCGCCAUAAUAUUGCCAGCCAUCUUCAAAAGUAUCGAUCUCAUAGGAAACAUAUGCUAGCUCGAGAAGCAGAGGUAGCAACCUGGAGCCGAAAGAAGCAGCUAUACAGAACCACAGGGAGCACAGGCAAGAGUGAUGCAAACUCUUGGGCUGUACCCGCCACGGGGUUCCCCCCAGUGACAUCAGUGUCUCGUUCUAGACCCUUCCAUGUUUGGGGUCAUCCAUCACCAAACCAAUCGUUGGUUUAUAUGUGGCCUGGUCAUCCAGCCUCGUCACCUUCUCCUCCUGCUUGGGGUGCUGGUCAUCCUCCGCCACCAUCUCUACCUGGGGACCCUUCUUUCUGGAACUGUCACCACCAAAAUGUUCCUGCACAAGGAAUGCCUUACUAUCCCUCUCAUUUUCCUCAACCGACAUUUGCAACUCCACCGGUCCAAGGACUACCACCUUCUUCUAUGUACAGAGUAGCACCAAGCAUAGGUGUCCCUGUCGGCCUAACUGGACAAAAACCGGUACAACCACUAAUGGAAUCUCACCUGUCUACGGAGAGCAUAGAUGCAGUUAUAGGGGACGUCCUAUCAAAGCCAUGGCUGCCGCUGCCACUUGGGCUCAAGCCCCCAUCCACAGACAGCGUCGUGGUGGAGCUGCAACGCCAAGGAAUAUCAAAGAUACCACCAAUCCGUGCUUAACCAGAAGUUCGUACGAUCUCUCCCAUGUUACCUUAGAUGGAAAUUAUCUCCGUGUGCAUAACUUGUCUCCUCAGUCCUCCUCCGUUCUUAGUUUUGUCUGCCUGACGAGUUGAAUCGAGCUACUCCAGCGAAAGUUCUUAUAUGAAUCGCGUGAGCAUAGAGCGUGUUCGACGUCGACGACGUGACAUAAUCUUUGGCACCAGAUUCAUAUGAAUUUUCCAUAUAAGUGGAAGUAUGGAAGUCGAAUGUUGUGAAAAUAUUUGUAAAUGAGGACACUCUGUGACUGGCUUUAAUCCAACAGUAGUCUCAACUGAGGACACCAUGCACUUGCGUGGGCCCCCUUGCUCUGUUUUUCUCUCA